AUUGGACGGAUCGAGCUGGUACUGGCACACUCGAUCCAAUAUUUUAGCUAGCUAGCAAGCAAAGCAAGCCUUGAGCUUGAGCGGCGGCUAGCGCAAUGGGAGGCGUGGCGUCGGAGCUGGUAGGAGCCAGCAGGGAGAGGCAGAGCAGGAAGAGGAAGCAGUUCCACACGGUGGAGCUCAAGAUCAGGAUGGACUGCGACGGCUGCGAGCUCAAGGUCAGGAACACCCUUGCCCGCAUGAGAGGGGUGGAGUCGGUGGAGAUCAACCGGAAGCAGCAGAAGGUGACGGUGAAGGGGUUCGUGGAGGCGCAGCGGGUGCUUAGGCGCGCCCAGUCCACGGGGAAGCGCGUCGAGCUGUGGCCCUACGUGCCCUACACCAACCUCUACGUCGCGCCGCCGGUGUACGACAAGAGGGCGCCGCCGGGCCACGUCCGCAGGGUCGACGCACUCAUCGCGCCCGCCGCCGGCCAGGAAGAGCACCUCGCCACGCUCUUCAGCGACGAUAACCCCAACGCCUGCUCCCUUAUGUGAUGCCUCAUGCUAGCUAGAGCCGCCUGCUCCCCGGCCUUAUGCGAUGCUAGCUGCUUGCUUCAUCCACGCUGUACUAGCGAUGUACAUGCAUUGUUUGCAUGAAAACGAACUGAUGCUCCGUAGUUACGCAGUAAUAUAAUAAUCUCUAUCUUUUAA